CACAAGACUCUUCACUGUUCCCUGUUUCUCUUCCCCGCCAUUAUGAGCUGCCUCCGCGCACCAUGGGCCUCUUACCUCACUCCCAAGCUCUCCAUCUCCAAAAGGUUCCAAAAGCCCCUCGCCUCCCCUUUCUUCUGCCUCAACUCCGCCUCCGACUCGCCGGAGCUGGUCACUACCGGCAGUCAAAACAGCCUCCGGCUCAUCCUACACGAUUCGCUCGAGUCGGCAGGGAUCGAUACGAGGCACGCGCGAUCGGCGAGGGAAGAGUUUCGGCAGCAAGUAGCGCGGCUCACCAAAAUCGAUGCGGAGACUAGCAUUACGAUCAGUCGAGGGGCGGAUCUGGCGCGCACGGCGCUGCACAUCGCGGCCGAGGACGAUUCGCUCGUAUCUCAUUCGUCGGUUCCGCUCCCGGUCGAGGCCUUUGUUGAGAGGCUCGAUGAUCUGUCGAUGGAGUUUUGCUCCCUCUACUUGCCUCCAUCGGAGGCUCCGCCUGAGGUCUUUCUUGGAAACCUAGAUAGAUUCUUCUAUGUGCACAAGGGCUUUUGCAGGACAGAGAUGAUGUCUGAUGCAAGAGCGUUGUAUCUUCAUUCUGUUUUGACCUGUAGGUCGGGGUCCGCUGUCAUGCUAUCACUUAUUUACUCUGAAAUGUUGAAAACACUACGAGUGUGUGGCUUUCUCGACUUCGAUGCAGAGAUUUACUACCCUAGUGAUUUUUUUAGUCUUCCUAGUGGUUAUCAGAGGCAGAAAAGUAAAUUCUCAGAUCAACCACAUAUUUUGACAUCGAAGUCGUUAUUAGUGGAGAUCUUAAGAAAUUUGAAGGAUGCUUUCUGGCCAUUCCAGUAUGGCCAUCCAAGUAGUUUAUUUUUAAGAGCAGCAUAUGCUGCAAACCAUGUGUUUGCACCUAUCAUUUCUGGAGAGAGUAAUUCCAAGUCAUAUGGAGGGCUUGAGAUGGCAUCCGCCAAGGCCGCUCAACAUAGGCUGGGGCGUGGAGUAUGGACCAAUGCUCGUUUUGGAGAUAUGAGACGUGCAUUGGCAGCUUGUGAGCGCCUAAUCAUACUGGGAACCGAGCUCGAAGAACUAAGAGAUUAUGCAGUCCUACUGUACCAUUGUGGCCACUAUGAAGACUGCUCGGAGUAUCUAAAACUGUAUCAAAGUGCACGGAUGUCAGCGCCAUAUGUAAGGGAUGAAUUUGAGGAAGACAUUGUCAAGAAGCUGGAAGCUCGUGUCAAUCUCAUACUAGCUGAGAAAGGGUGGAGCAAGCAAACAUUUCAUGAAAGUUUUUGGAAUAGCACUGAGCCAUGGUAACUUCAAUGCCUUCUUAAUGUCUCUUGCAACAGCUUCCAACCUGCUAUUUAAAGAAGACUAAGAUUUUGUUUGGGACGGCUUUCUUACUGCUUCUUAAAUCAACUUUUUAAUACAAAAUUUUAAAAUUUUGAACUAAAAAACUGUUUUAGGAAGCAGUAAAAAAAUCGUCCUAAACGAAACCUAAAACUUAUGCUAACAAAUAACCUGAAUUUAUUCUAUUUGUAUGGAUAAAGUUAAGAUGCUUAAAAAGUAUCUCAUGAAUGUGUAAUUAAAAGCAUUGCCAAAAAUAAAUGUAAUAUUUUUUCGUUCCUUAUUUCCCUUUUACUGUAGUUAUUUGAAGGGGCUGAAAAUUAUGUUGUUGGUUUGUUGUGUACAUAUUAUAGCGUAUAUUGCAAGGCUUGCUUUAUAUUUCCUGUAACCAAAUAUUUUACGAUACGCGAUCAUUGGGAGAAAAUUGAAACCUUAGCUGAAA